UCGCUGCGAUAUGGCAACUUUGUUUUAUUAUCCACGUGAAGUAAGCUGGUGAAACUGCAUCGGUCGACUGUGCUUUCCAAAAUUUUCCAAUUCAUUGUUUUCUGCAUACAAGAUUAUAAAUAUUUCUCAUAACAAACUAUAAUUUUAUAGAAAAAAACAUGUCUAAAGCCAAAGGUAAAAAGAAAAACGAACGUUUUGAUGACGAAGAUGAUGUGGAGGAAGUGAAACCAGCCCAAAACAAGAAGGCAGGUAAAAAAGGGAAGAAAGGCAAACGUGGCGGAGACUCUAGCGAUGACGAAUCUUUAGCCAGCAGUAAAGUGACGAGUGUGGAUGCUGAUGAACUGGAAAGUGUGAAAUCUGGCAGUAAAGCAGCACAAUCAAAGGGAAAGAAGGGUAAGAAAGGCAAGCGGAAAGACGACUGGAGCGAUGGUGAGGAACCAGAAGAUGUUGUGCAAGCUGCUGGUAAGAAAAAAGGGACAAAAUUACAACAUAGCGAUGAAGAGGAAACUAGUGUAUCUCAGCCAGCGCCUGCAGCGAAAAAACAAGGGAAGAAAAGCAAAAAGAACAAAAAGAAAGAUUUUAGUGAUGAUGAAGACAGUAGUAACGAAAAGCCAAAAUUACCCGAUUUAGAAGAUGAUGAUGAACUCGAUGAUGAAGAUCUAAAGAUUACUAUUGCAAAACCUGCAUCGAAGAAAUCUGCCAAAAAACAACAACAAAAAGUUAACAAGUUUGCUUUUAGCGAUGAUGAGGAUGAUGAUGAUGAUGAGCCCGAAUUGGCAGAUGAACAGGAAGAUGAAGUUGUGGUAGAGGAAGCUCCUAUGGAAUCAAUUCCAGAAAGCAAAGAAAAUGGAAUAGAGGAUGCUGGUAUCACAAAGCAAAUCGAAGAGUUGAAAAUUGAAAACAAUGUGCCUGAAAACGAACAACUUCCAGCAGAAGACGAAAGCACGCAGGUGGAAGAGGAAAAAGGAACAGUCGCAGAAAAUGAAACUGAAAUCGCUUUGAAAGAGAAGAAAUUAACUCACAAAGAGAAAAAGAAGCAGAAAAAACAACAGGACUAUGAAAGGCAAAUGGAGCUUAUGACAAAGAAAGGUGGUUCUGGUCAUUCGGACUUGGAUAGUAAUUUCACAAUGUCCCAAGUGCAACGAACAGCCGGCCAGCAAGCACAGCUAGAACACGCUGUUGAUAUAAAAAUCGAAAAUUUCACAAUUUCUGCCAAAGGUAAUGAUUUAUUUGUAAACGCCAAUCUCUUAAUUGCUCACGGACGUCGCUAUGGUUUGGUGGGUCCUAAUGGUCAUGGCAAAACAACGCUUUUGCGACAUAUAGCCACUCGUGCCUUUGCUAUACCACCCAACAUUGAUGUAUUGCUCUGCGAGCAGGAAGUAGUCGCUACAGAUAAAACAGCCAUCGACACCAUUCUGGAAGCAGAUGAGAAGCGUAACAAACUUUUGGCAAAGAGUAAAGAGUUGGAAGAGCAAUUUGCCUCAGGCGACAUGAGUGUCCAAGAAGAAUUGAAUGAUACUUUUGCUGAAUUAAAGGCAAUAGGCGCUUAUUCGGCAGAAGCUCGUGCUCGACGUAUCUUAGCUGGUUUGGGUUUCAGCGAGGAAAUGCAGAACCGACCUACAAACAAAUUUUCUGGUGGUUGGCGUAUGCGUGUCUCCCUAGCACGUGCUCUCUAUUUGGAGCCUACACUCCUUAUGCUUGAUGAACCUACCAAUCAUUUAGAUUUAAAUGCGGUUAUUUGGUUAGAUAACUAUUUACAAGGAUGGAAGAAAACACUACUGAUAGUUUCUCACGACCAGAGUUUUUUGGACAAUGUGUGUAACGAAAUCAUACAUCUUGACCAAAAGAAACUACAUUAUUACAAAGGAAAUUACUCAAUGUUCAAGAAGAUGUAUGUACAGAAGCGACGCGAAAUGAUUAAAGAAUAUGAGAAACAAGAAAAACGCUUGAAGGAAUUGAAAGCUCAUGGGCAAUCGAAGAAGGCGGCAGAGAAAAAGCAGAAAGAGGUGCUUACACGCAAGCAAGAAAAGAACAAGUCUAAACAACAAAAGCAGGACGAUGAUGAUGGUCCACAGGAAUUAUUGGCACGUCCGAAAGAGUAUAUCGUUAAGUUCCGUUUUCCAGAGCCUUCACAAUUGCAGCCACCAAUUCUGGGUAUUCACAAUGUUACUUUUGCCUACGAAGGCCAAAAGCCGUUGUUCAUUAACACCGAUUUCGGUAUUGAUCUCACAAGUCGUGUUGCCAUUGUCGGUCCAAAUGGUGUAGGCAAAUCUACUUUCCUUAAGUUGUUAUUAGGCGAAUUAGAACCUCAAAAAGGCGAACAAAGAAAGAAUCAUCGACUUCGUGUUGGACGCUUUGAUCAACACUCUGGUGAGCAUUUGACCGCUGAGGAAUCUGCCGCUGAAUAUUUGCAACGUCUUUUUAAUUUGCAACAUGAGAAGGCACGUAAAGCGCUGGGCUCCUUUGGUUUGGUAAGUCAUGCGCACACAAUUAAAAUGAAAGACCUCUCAGGUGGUCAGAAAGCGCGUGUUGCACUUGCUGAACUCUGUCUUAGUGCGCCUGAUGUACUGAUUCUUGAUGAACCUACAAAUAAUUUGGAUAUUGAAUCUAUUGAUGCACUGGCGGAGGCCAUAAACGAGUACGAGGGUGGCGUGAUUAUUGUAUCUCACGACGAAAGAUUGAUUCGUGAAACUGGUUGUACUCUAUACGUAAUCGAAGAUCAGACGAUCAACGAAAUCGAUGGCGAGUUUGAUGACUACCGCAAGGAGGUGCUGGACGCGUUGGGCGAAGUGGUCAACAAUCCAAGUGUUGUAGCCAAUGCAGCUGUGUUGCAAUAAUAACUCACUACAUCGAUUUUAGAUACCUAUUUCAAAUUGUUUUGUAUUCAUGCUUACAUCUAUUACUGUAAUUAUUUAUAAUAUUUCAAUAAAUAAACCGUUAAAGUUAAAGAGGAGUGCGAAGACAAAAA